GUGGCCAUUAGUGGAGCAAAUCUUCAGAAUGUCUUUAUGUUUCUCACCCUGGAGCCCCUUCUGGCUCGAAGCCCAUUCCUCGUCCUCCAUGUUCGCAGGAGCAACUUGGUUGGCGAUGCUCUGAGAGAACUGAGCAUCCAUUCGGAUGUUGAUUUGAAAAAGCCUUUGAAGGUGAUCUUUGACGGUGAGGAAGCUGUAGAUGCUGGGGGUGUCACAAAGGAAUUCUUUCUCCUGCUCCUGAAGGAGCUCUUGAAUCCCAUCUACGGAAUGUUCACCUGCUAUUCAGACUCAAAUCUGCUCUGGUUCUCGGAUACUUGUUUUGUUGAGCACAACUGGUUUCACCUAAUUGGCAUCAUCUGUGGUCUGGCUAUCUACAACUUCACCGUGGUGGACCUCCACUUUCCACUGGCUUUAUAUAAGAAGCUUCUGAAUGUGAAACCUGACUUGGAUGACUUGAAGGAGCUUUCUCCCUUGGAAGGAAGGAGCCUCCAAGAGCUUUUAGAUUAUCCCGGAGAAGACAUUGAAGAAACAUUCUGCCUCUCCUUUACAAUAUGCAAAGAAAGUUAUGGAGUAGUGGAGCAGAAAAAUCUUGUUCCUGAUGGAGACAAAAUACCUGUGCAGAACAAUAAUAGGUAA